CUCGAAGAAUAAACAACCGCUGAAAUGGACGAUGAACUCACUGACAGGCAGAUGCAAUUUGCCCUGAUUUCUCAAAAGCUUAAGAACAUUAAAACACGAUUCCAGUUUGAAGGUAAUACUACUGGUGAAUUGAAUCUGAUGAAAAGUUCUGCCACCGAUCACAGUGGAAAUGUAAAGCAGAUUUUAAGUUCCAACUCCCCUGAAACAUGCCUUUCAUUUUUGAUGAAGACUGAAGAGAGAGGGAACCCUAAAACCGACUCAAAUUUACUCAGAAAGCUGAUUGACAUUUACAGCCAAGUGUUGGCUUCUCUACCUAUUGAAAAACAUUGUAAAAAUGAAAGCUAUGCAAGGAUUCUGGUCAGAUUUGCAGAGCUGAAAGCCAUUCAAGAGCCAGACAAUGCCUGUGAUGACUUCAAUAUGGCUAGAGUGAACUGCAAAAUAUUUGCCUUUGUACAUGUUGCUCAUGCACAAUAUGAGUUGUCUCAAGGUAAUCUAAAGAAAAGUACUUCAAUUCUACAGAAGGCAUGGGACAUGAAUGCUAAGCCCAUUGAACUUUUAGAGACUGCUAUGAGCAAUUUAAGAUCUGGAAAAAUGCAGCUGCUGUCACCUGAGGAUAAAGAAAAUAUGAUUGUGCCAACAUAUCACAGCAUGCAAGAUUCCAAGAGCAGCAAAAACCAUGAUGGAACUGGAGACAUGCGGUGUACUUUAGCCGUUUCACAAGGAAUCAAUCAAAAGAGCAGUUCCCUAGAAGAGGUUGAUGUUGGUUGGAAACAAACACAAUUUAGAAAAUCAGACAGAAUGCCACUUAUGACUCCUGAUACUUUUAGUCUGAAGAGAGGUGACCCUUCUGGCCUUGGACGUAGUAUGAAAAGACAAACCUCUGGAACAAGAGCUAAUCGAAUGUUUGCGCCUUUGUUGUCGAAAUCAAGUCAAAUUAGAGUUGCUGGAGAUGGGGACUCUUUUAGACUUUCAAGUUGGAAGCCUACCUCAAAUGUCAGCCCUGUAAACUCAGUUGACCAAGGGGUAAGCACAGCUGAUUCAACUAUGACACUGUUUAACAAAACAGAUACCAGUGUCACUGCCAAACGAGAAGAAACUUGGUCACAAGUACCGGCUCCAUUAUUCUCAAGCCAACUAAAGGAGCAAGUUGUGUCAAACCAUAGUAAGAUUUUUUCAAGUGUGGGGAAGCAGAGCCCUAAACCAUCAUAUAUGGAAACUGUCUCAGAAUGGAAAAUACCAGCACGAAUAGGCAGACAAAUCUCUCCUGAGAAUAAGCAGUCACCUGCUGAACAGCCUAAUCCACAGCAAAGCCAAGACAGGUUACCUGCAUCAAACAGAGAGGUUCCAGGUUUUGUAUAUGAGACGCCAAAUGCCAAGAUGUCCUGUAUUAUCAGAACGCCAGUUGUAAAGGAACCUCGAGUGGUGGCAGAGAUUUCCACACCAUAUAACUACCGUUCAGUUUAUCAACAACCUGGUCAAAAUGUGUCAUCCACACCAUAUCGCCCGUCCACUUCGUUUAACCAGGUCAGCUGUUCACAGCAGUUCCAGCAGGUACCGCCUGUGCACUCCAAUGACUACAUUAUGAUCAAAGGAAAAAACUACUAUGUAUUAAAACAAAUCGGAAGAGGAGGUUCAAGUAAGGUCUUCCAAGUUUUGGACCACAAGAAACAGUUGUUUGCUGUUAAAUAUGUGAAUCUAGAGGAUGCAGACAACCAGACUAUUGAAAGUUACAAGAAUGAGAUUGAGCAUCUGAAUAGACUACAGCAACACAGUGAUCAGAUAAUAAAGCUUUAUGACUAUGAAAUAACUAACAGCUACAUAUACAUGUUAAUGGAGUGUGGAAAUCUUGACCUGAAUUCUUGGCUAAGAAGCAAAAAGGCAGUAAAUCCAUUGGAGCGCAAAUUCUAUUGGAAAAACAUGUUGGAAGCAGUUCAAACCAUCCAUCAGAUUGGUAUUAUUCACAGUGACUUGAAGCCUGCCAAUUUCGUAAUAGUGAAUGCCUCUUUAAAACUUAUUGACUUCGGAAUUGCCAACCAAAUCCAACCAGAUGUAACCAGCAUUGUGAAGGAUUCCCAGGUUGGCACACUUAACUACAUGCCUCCCGAGGCAAUUAAAGACAAUUCGUCCAUUGCAGGAAAACCCAGGUCAAAGAUUAGUCCUAAAAGUGAUGUGUGGUCACUUGGCUGUAUUUUAUACUGUAUGACCUAUGGAAAAACUCCAUUCCAACACAUUACAAACCAGAUUACUAAACUGCAGGCCAUAAUAGAUCCAUCUUAUGAAAUUGAGUUUCCUGAUAUUCCAGAAAAAGACCUUCGGGAUGUGUUGAUGAAGUGUUUGGUUCGCAACCCUAAAGAGAGGGUUUCCAUCAGUGAACUCUUGAGACAUUCCUACCUGCAGAUGCAGCUGCAACCAGCCCGGGAACCAGAGCAACAGAUUACCUCCCAAGAACUGAAGCGCAUCUUUAACGAGCUGGCUUCUAUUAAUUCACCAAAUAGCAUCUCCAGAGCGGCUAAUAACUUGGCAAAGAUGUGCAACAGUGGCAUAAAACUUGAUGUCUCUGAAUGCAUGAAAUCUUCCAGUAACCCUGUGUGAAAGAAAAAGCGCCUCUUUGGACUACUACUGUAUACUGGUUGAGGACAACUCUAGUUAAUCAAGAAAUACACAUUACAUUUAUGUCUCUGUAAAUUAUUAACAAAUCAGUCUGUCUGGAUACCAUCUCUGAAAAUCUAGAGGUCAGCUAACGUUGAUAUCCAUCCAAUAAAUGU